AUGCCAGCUACCCUCAUCCUGCUCCUCUCCCUCUGCACCCCGGGCACAGGGGCGCGUGAAUACACCUUUGUCAUCAAGAUGUCCAAUGGAGGCCACUGGGGCAAUUGAGGGAGUCAUCAGCUUUGCCACUACAGCUAUGUUAAUGGAUUUGAGCUGAAGGUGGAGCCCUCCCAUCUUGGAAGAGAUUACACAGCUCUGAAUGAUGUACGCCUGCAUUGUGAAGAUGACUCAUUCGUGAAGUCCUUGGUGGGGGAAUAAGUAACACUGGUUUCUCCCGUGUGGGGUACCUGGACUAGCUUCCAGGUUUGCCCUGUAGGCUACCUGAUCUCCUUCUCACUGAGAUCAGAGAAGUCCCAAGGAGGAGGUGAUGUCACAGCAGCCAACAACAUCCAGUUCAGCUGCUCAGAUGUAACUGUGCUAGUAGGUGAUGGACUACCGUGGGGCAGAUUUGGCCCAUGGAGAAAAAGCUGCCACAUAUGUGGUCUCCAGACCAAGGCAGAGCCCCCACAGGGGUUUCAGGAUGACUACACAUCAUCGCUGCCUACACAUCACAUCCCAUGUACCACAGCAAAUCAAACAUCAAUAAAGCUUGGGUCUAGUUUUAUACUGGGGCAUGCCUAUGGUGUUUUGACUGCUUGCAUCCUGCUGUAUUAG